CAUUCCGCAGUAGCACCUCCUCCCGAACCCGCCGGCGGUGCGUGUCGUUGCUGCCCCUUCUCCGUCACCGCUGCCGCCAUGCCCGGAGGUCUCCUUCUCGGGGACGAGGCUCCCAAUUUCGAGGCCAAUACGACCGUCGGCCGCAUCCGUUUCCACGACUUUCUGGGAGACUCUUGUGACCUUUGCCUCCAUUGCAGAUGGGGUAUCCUCUUCUCCCACCCUCGGGACUUUACCCCUGUGUGUACCACAGAGCUUGGCAGAGCUGCAAAGCUGGCACCUGAAUUUGCCAAGAGGAACGUUAAGCUGAUUGCCCUUUCAAUAGACAGUGUUGAAGACCAUCUUGCCUGGAGCAAGGAUAUCAAUGCUUACAACUGUGAGGAGCCCACAGAAAAGUUACCUUUUCCCAUCAUCGAUGACCGGAAUCGGGACCUCGCCAUCCUGUUGGGCAUGCUGGACCCAGCAGAGAAGGACGAGAAGGGCAUGCCUGUGACGGCGCGUGUGGUGUUUGUUUUUGGCCCUGAUAAGAAACUGAAGCUGUCCCUCCUCUACCCCGCGACCACCGGCAGGAACUUUGACGAGAUUCUCAGAGUAGUUAUCUCUCUCCAGCUGACAGCAGAAAAGAGGGUCGCUACUCCGGUUGAUUGGAAGGUUGGAGAUAGCGUGAUGGUCCUCCCAACAAUCCCUGAAGAGGAAGCCAAGAAACUCUUCCCUAAAGGAGUCUUCACCAAAGACCUCCCAUCUGGCAAGAAAUACCUGCGCUACACGCCCCAGCCGUAGGUCUCACCCUGCACAGUGAGCCAGCGGGUGCCAGCUGCCAGUCAUGUGUCCUACAGCGAUUCCAUAGAAACAUCCCACUAUGAUUACAGCCACGGUCUCUAGGUUGCUGUCCUCCUGGCUUAUUAAAUGAAAAUGGCACUAAACACCCCUUGGGGUUCUUUGCUUCGUGCCUUCACCAGCAUUCUGUUCUGUUCCCAUGCCUCAGCCCUCUCUCCUGGCUCUCUGAAAUACAGUCUGUAUUUGAGACUCACAUCAUAUCAGAUCUCUGCAGGUUUGUGAUCAGCAACGUAGGAUCCACUGAUGGUUGAAAAGCUGCUUUGCUCCAGCCUGGAAUGACCAUCAGGUUUUUUAGCUGUUCUAAUCAAAUCCUCUCUUCCAUUACACAUUUUGGGGAGCAGCAGAACUUGAGGUUCAGUUUCCUCUGUUAAUCUGUAAGUAUAUAACCCUAGCAGUUAAAGUAACCGGAUAUUCUUCAGUACUCAGUGUUUUGAUCACAACUGAGGGAAAAGAUUUCCGUUCUGUACUUUUACAGGAGAGAACUGAAGUGGGGUGAGCAGGGGGAGGGAUCUUUAAAUAUUUUGCUAAGAAAAUUUUUCAAUACAUUUCUACCAAGAGGGAGAAAAGGCUCCACUUACCUGCUGGAGGUGUGAGCAGAACAACAGCGCCACCUGCCUUUCACAGCAGGUAUUUUCGUGUCAGUGCUCCGCCAUGAUAACACCGAAAGGGCUCGCCCUGGGGAGGAAGGGAGGAGAGGAUGACUGAAGUUGUUUGUAGAACUCUUCUUGCUGAGGGUGGGGCAGUACUUUCUGAAUGUUGCAUUUUGGAGAUCUAGCAAAUAAAUCCGUUGUUAAAACUAGA